AUGUCCACUCAGAGCCAUGCCCAUAGUGCUGGCGGGAGCAGUGCUGAUGCAGAUGAUGGCGUUCGAACGCUGGGCGAUGUUAUGAGAGCACGACCGACCGGGUUCCCGGACGUCGUUGUCAUCGAUCAGACACAUGAAGAGAACGAACGGAAGGAUGAUCCUAGCCCGAGCGAAGAUUUGUGGCUCAGUUCAGCAGACGGUCGAUACAGUUCGACCAUCGUCCCCUUGCGAGUUGGACGAGCGCCGAAUCAAGAGAUUUUCCAUGUACACAGAAAUAUCUUGCUAGCGACGGAAUAUUUCCGAAAAGCCCUUUGCGGAGAUUUCAGAGAAGCUGAGGCCCAAUCCAUGGACUUUCCAGAAGAGGAUCCGGCCAUUUUCCACUUUCUCGUCGCCUUCCUCUACCAAAGAAGCUUUAUUCCUAUCAAGCCAGCAGCGUCAGCACUGGCUGUCGAGGCAUCAGAACGAGGGAAAGCACAAGACUCUGGCUACCGAAGCGAAUCGGAGUCGGAGGUGUCAUCGUCGGAGGCCAGUGAGGCCAGUGCCAGAAGUCGAAUCCGGGCGCAGAGGCGGCAACGGCGGCGGGAGCGGCAAUGGGACCGCAUGAACCGGAAACAGCCAGGUACACACCGCCCAGAUUGCAGAUGUCCGCGCUGCACCACAACCAUCGGCCCGCCAUGCUGGAACUGUGGCGUUGGUCGCGCAAGGCCGAUUCCGGGCCACCUUCCGCCGCACAUCAUCAACCCUAUGCCACCAGUGCGGCCCCUAGGUUUACAGCCACACAGCCGACGCCGUAGCCGACAGCAAGUCAUCACACCGCCAGAGUCAACGCCCUCGGUCGGUUUGCCAGUCUCUACCAACGACGAGUAUGCGGAUGGCGACCGUAUACGAGGCCAAGACAUGCGGACUUUUCUGCUCACAUACGAGCUAAGUCUAGAGGUAUACAUUGUUGCCAAUAAAUUCCUCAUGGAUGACUUCAAAACUGCGAUCCAGCGUCACUGCAUCGACAUGCUCGAAUCCGCCGGACCUGAUGCAGCGCAGUCGAUUGUGUUGCAACUUUGUUCGAAGCUCUACGCCGGCGUCCCUGAAUCUGACCCAUUAUUGAGGAUGAUCUUUGCGCGCGUUGGCUUCUUACAGCCUCUGCUCUGGCAACGAGCGCCGCAGUCCACGUCGGAAUUUCUGAUUGGGCAUCCAGAAGUUGCGGCUCUUAUGCUCCGAGAGACAGCCAUUCGAAGAGAGGAGGAUCUAGGCAGUAGGGCGCUACCGUCCAUGGAACGGGCGACGCACCCUCACGUCAUGCCUAUGUGGCCGGUUGCGCCGCCUAUGCAUCCUCAUAUGCGGCCUCCGCCGCCUCCGCCGCCGCAUCAUUGGCAUCCAGGACCGUUUGGUGUUUAA